CACAAAAAAGGGAAGUGACGAAAAGAUGAGCGUCCCGCCUGCGUCGUCGUCUGUGCUGGAGGCGGUCAAGGCGAAUGUGCUUGAUGUAGCGCUGGCGCGCGAAGAAGCAUUGGCCAAGUUCAAGGACAUCAACUGGGCCACGUACACCCGCGCGGGUGGGUUCUCCUUGGACAAGACGGAGAUCGCGGCCAUCAAGGAAAUGGAAAUUGUCGCGAAAAACGCGAGCCAGAACGAGGAUCAAGCCGAUGCCCUGAUCGACACAUUCCUGCGCGAAUAUGGCACGGCGUUGGGCGCAGGAUUGCUCAAACUCAUCAAGAACGUCACGGAACCGUCCGUGUUGCGCUAUGCGUUUGCCCGCAUCGACGAUCUUCUCCCAGAUGGAGGUCGAUCGCGCAAGCGUGCGACGUACUUUGUCGGCGAAGGCGCGUAUGUGGAAGCAGCGCCGUUCCUCCGCCUCCUUCGAAGCGAAUCGGGGUACACCCAGUACGCGGCCGGGCACAUUCUAGCCCAGUUCCUGACCUUCCGCCCGAAAGAGCAAGACAUCGUGUCGUUGAUCCAGUGGAUCUUGGAUGCAGUCAAGGCGUCGGCCCAGUCCAACGACGUCGCCCGCGCCGCCACCGCGCGCAACGCCAUCACGACGCUCAUGGUGCUGCUUCGCAACGAGACCGCGCGCAAAUUGUUUACCCGCGCCGGCGGACUCGCCAGCUUGGCUGACUUGCUCAAGUAUUCCCAGGGCAAGGCCCAGCUGGCGUACGAGGUACAUACACCUCAUCGACACCCUACUUGGAGGAGCAACAUGGGUAGGUGUGCUUUUGCUUGUGGACGCUGUCGUUCUCAGAGGAAGCGGUCGAUGCAUUCGGUACGUCGGGCGCGAUCUCGGCCCUCAUCCAGCAAGUGGUCGCCGCGCCUCGUGAAAAGGUCGUGCGCGUGGCGCUGGAAGCUCUCCAGAACUUGCUGGGCAAGCAAAAUGGCGCGUACAACGAGCGCAUGCUGGACGGCGGGUUACUCAAGACGCUGACCAACCUCCGCGACCGCAAGUGGACGGAUGAGGACAUCACCAAGUCGAUCACGGCGAUUCGAGACGUGCUGAUCCGAGAGUUCAAAGAGCUCAACACCAUGGAGCGAUACGAAAAAGAGGUGCGCACGGGGCUCUUGACGUGGGGACUGCUGCACACGGACAAGUUUUGGCGCGAAAAUGUCAUGGCGUUCGAAGCCAACGACUUUGCGCUCAUUCGGUUGUUGAUUGAGCUGCUCGAGUCAGACGACCCCAAGACGGUGGCCGUGGCGUUGUAUGACUUGGGCGAUUUUGUGCGUUUUUACCCGAAUGGGAAGCACAUCGCCAAGCGGCUGGGGGCGAAGAAGGUCGCGAUGAAGCUCAUGACCCACGAGAACCCGGACGUGCAGAAGCAAGCGCUCACGUGCAUCUCCAAGAUGAUGGUCAACAAGUGGGAAUUUGUCAAGUAACAGGCACUUUGCUAUGUUACCAAAAAUAUCUCACCACCACUCGUGCCUGCUUGGGUGUGUUAUUACUUACGAUGAGACCAACCACACAUUCUCAGUCGCUAAUUCCGCUGUCGUUACUGUAGUAGGGUUCGCU